AUGAAGUACCUCUUCCUUCGACGUCAUGGCAUCUCCUCUUUGAUGCAACGUCGUCAUAUCGUUACAUCUUCACUCCCAAUUGUACCUCGAACUGAUCGUGAUCGUCAAUUACUAUCUGCAUUACAAGUUUAUUACCGUUUAGAAGGUCAUUUUACUGUCCCAUUUGAAUUUGUCGUACCAUCGAAUGAGGAUGACACGACAACGUCAUCCUUAUGGCCAAAAGAGACUUGGGGAAUGGAUUUAGGCAAACGAUUACGAAUCUUUACACGUGGUCGAAAUAUUCCGUAUACAAGUGCACUAUUGCAAAGUAUUGGUUUUUUAUUUCCCGAUUGGCGAACUUAUGUGUGGGAAAUGCAACUUAUUCCAGGAUUAAAAGUUUUUCAACAGGAAGAAGGUCAUUUAUUUGUACGACAACAUUUUCAAAUACCUUUUGGUGAUACCAAAUGGCCACGAUCAACGUGGGGGGUCAAAUUAGGAUCACAGUGUCAAAUCUUUCGUCGAAAUGCUGAUCACGGUCUUUCCGAGCAACGUAAACAACAAUUAGAUGCUAUGGGUUUUAUCUGGAGUGAUGCUCAAUGGAAAUGGGAAAUGCAAUUUCUUACGGCCUUGAAAAAGUACAAGAACAUUUAUGGACAUUGCAAUGUUCAUCAUACAUUUAAAGUACCGAUGAACGACACUUUUUGGCCACAAGUGAGCUGGGGAUACCGAUUGGGUGUUGCUGUAGCAAAAAUCAAGAAUAAUUUCGAAGAACACAUGCUGUCACCCCAUCAAGUAGCAGAUUUAAAAAAUCUUGGCUUUUUUCAAACAGAACUUGCUUCUGACAUGUGGCGAAAUGCCUUAAUGCCGGCAUUGGAACUUUAUCCGACUUUCUAUGGUGACACAUUCAUUGCACAAGACUUUGUCGUGCCUAGCAACACACCGUGGCCAGAACGUGCAUGGGGAAUCAAGCUGGGAUACAUUGUCAAAACUAUUAACUCGACAGUCAUUUUUCGAGCUGAAAUGGAAAAUGACAAACAAAAGCUAAAAAAGAUUGGCUAUGCAUGGGGCUCGCUAUUCGGGAAGUGGGUCAAGGAGUUACUGCCGGCUCUACGUCUUUACAAGGCUAAGUUUGGCAACUGUGAUAUACCAUCGUGGUGGGUCGUGCCAACGAACGAUGCAUCCUGGCCCAAGGCGCUACGCGGUUAUCAUCUUGGCAAACAAGUGGUUCAAAUCAGGCGUACUGGACGUCGAAAUGCCGCCGUGGCGGAUGUGCUAACGGAGUUGGGUGCUCUUGGUUUCAAGUUCAAUGCAUUCGAAAGUACUUUUGUUGAUCGUGUAUUGCCGGCGUUAGAAGUGUAUGUGAAAAUUUACGGCGAUACGCAUGUGCCUCAAGGCUUCAUCGUGCCAUCCGAGAGCACAUGGCCGCAACCUUCGUGGGGAACAAAGCUUGGUCAUAUUGUACACAAGAUACGCAUUCACCAUCCACACGCGCAACAUGUAGAGUUGUACCGUGAGCGUCUUAAAAAAAUCGGUUUUGUAUGGAGCAUCUAUAAGUCCCCGGCAGCUACUAAGCGCGAUAUCGUAGAUCCCAGUCUUGAGGUCUACAAGGAGAUUAAUGGUGAAGGCGCAGAGAUAUCACGCAAUUUCGUAGUACCUGCAGAUGAUUCGCGCUAUCCAGAUAUUGCUAAAAGAUUCGAGCUAGGCGCGUGGCUCACCCAGUACAACAAGCGCACAAUCGGACUGCUUCCAUUCCAGACACAUGACGACACGAAGAAAACGGUAUUGAUGGACAAUAAGGUCCGUCGUCCUCGCACCGAGAGAAACCUUUCACCUCAUGUCGAACAGUACUGGAAGGAUGUCUUGCUAUGCUCAUUCCAAGUUUAUGCAAAAUUGCAUGGCAGUUGUAAAGACAUGGUCGGCAGCUUUGUUGUACCACACGAGAAACCGUACCCACAGUCUGCUUGGGGGCUUAAUCUGGGCCUUCGAUUGCGCCACAUACGUCACGGCAUUCGUUAUGCCAACGAAAGUGCCAAGUACAAAGACGAGCUUGAAAACUUGGGCGUGCUGCUGGAUGGAGACGCUGUCAUGCUGGAGUCAAAUAUUGGGAAGCAUGCUAGCAAAGAGGGCGGCUUUGAUGAGGAUAAAAGUUUAAACAAUGAAGACUACAGUGAUGAUGAAGACUUUGGUGAUGAAGAUAUAGGCGAUGCUGGUAUCAACGAAGGCAAUACAGCACACAUCAAUUAA